GUAUACAAGUAAAGACGGAACGAAAAUUCCUAUGUUUAUAAUAAUGAAGAAGGGAGCAAAAUUGGAUGGUUCUAUGCCAGCAUUGCUUUAUGGGUACGGAGGAUUUAACGUUAGCUUGCUACCUACAUUUACUGUAUCGAUAUUAGUUUUUAUUCAACAUUUGAAUGGAGUUUUAGCAAUACUAAAUAUUCGCGGAGGAGGCGAGUAUGGCGAAAAAUGGCACAAUGAUUGAAAAUUAUUUAAGAAACAAAACUCCUUUGAUGAUUUUCAAAGUAAGAUGUUUAAAAAAGAUU